AUGGCAGCAACCACGCCCAUCCUGCGCCCUCGUGACCCCAACACAUUGAGCAACUACACGGCCUGGCGCUCUCGUCACAUCACAGCCAACUUCGAGAUCGAUUUCAGCAACAAGAGACUCGCCGGAAAUGUGAUUCACCAAUUGCUCUCCAAGACGCAAGCCGAGACCCGGGAAAUCCUCCUUGAUACGAGCUUUCUGGAUAUUUCGCAGGUCAAAGUGGAUGGCCAGACGGCGCAGUGGGAGUUGUUGCCGCGCUUUGAGCCGUAUGGAAGUGCUCUGAAGAUUGUGCUUGAGAAGGGUGUUGAGGAGGGUAAUACUGUGGAAGUUGACAUCUCUCUCAAAACCACCGAAAAAUGCACUGCGCUCCAAUGGUUGACGGAAGCCCAAACGUCGAACAAGAAACACCCAUACAUGUUCUCCCAAUGCCAGGCUAUCCACGCUCGCUCCAUCUUCCCCUGCCAGGAUACGCCCGAUGUGAAGACUACCUUUGAUUUUAACAUCACCUCUCCCUUCCCGACUGUUGCUAGCGGAUUGCCUGUGCGAGAUCCCAAUGCGAAGGGGAACAAUCUCUACAAGUUCAAACAGAAUGUCCCAAUUCCUAGCUACCUUUUUGCCGUGGCAAGUGGAGACUUGACUGAGGCCCCCAUCGGCCCAAGAAGUGUGGUUGUAUCCAGCCCGGAUAAAAUUGAUGAUUGCAAGUGGGAACUCGAAGCACAUACCGAAAAGUUCAUCGAAGCUAUUGAGAAAAUCGUAUACCCCUAUGCAUGGGGCGAAUACAACAUUCUUAUUCUUCCUCCAAGUUUCCCAUAUGGGGGAAUGGAAAACCCGAUCUAUACAUUCGCAACCCCGAGUUUGAUAUCAAAGGACCGAGAAAAUGUAGACGUCAUUGCCCAUGAAUUGGCUCACAGUUGGAGCGGUAACUUGGUCACCAAUGCAUCUUGGGAACAUUUCUGGUUGAAUGAGGGCUGGACUACCUAUUUGGAACGCAGAAUCAUGGGUGCAGUACACGGUGAAGCACACCGGCAUUUCUCAGCCAUCAUCGGCUGGGACGGACUCAGGGAGGCCGUCAAAGAAUUCGGAGACGACAAUGAGUUUACCAAGUUGGUGGUUGACUUGAAAGGAAAGGACCCCGAUGACGCUUUCUCCAAAAUUCCUUACGAAAAGGGUUUCAUCUUCUUGUUCUACCUCGAAAAUCUCCUGACGAAAGAAUCAUUCGAUAAGUUCAUUCCUCACUACUUUUCUGUCUUCAAAGAAAAAUCCCUCGACUCCUACGAAUUCAAAGCCACCAUCCUCGACUUCUUCGCUAACGACCAGGUAGCCUCCAAACGUCUCAACGAAGUCGACUGGGAAUCAUGGUUCUACUCUCCCGGUCUUCCCCCCAAACCAGACUUUGACACCUCUCUUGUCGACAUCGUCUACGAACUUGCCGACAAAUGGAAAUCUCUUUCAUCUGCCUCAUCAACCUUUACUCCAUCCAAGGAGGACAUCAAGGGUUUGAGCGCAAACCAGUUCAUCGUCUUCCUUGAACGGGUCACCCUCUUCGAAGACCCGCCACUGAGCGCAGACUCAUUCCGUUUGAUGGGUCAAGUCUACGGAUUCGCUGAAAGCGCGAAUAUCGAGGUUACAAACCUGUAUUUCAGAUUGGGAUUGAAGAUUGGUGAUAGGACGGCCAUUGAGCCUACUGUUAAGCUCUUGGGUGAGAUUGGAAGGAUGAAGUUUGUUCGACCCUUGUUCCGUGCUCUCAAGAACGUUGAUCGCCAGGUUGCUGUCGAAACUUUUGAAAAGUACAGAGAUUUCUACCACCCUAUUUGUCGUGGAAUGGUUGAGAAGGAUCUCGCAAAAUAG